AUGAAGGUCGCCUUCAAGACACUCACCAACCAGAAGUUCGAGGAGGACUUCGCGGACGACGCGUCCAUCGGGGACGUCCGCGCCAAGCUCUCCGAGACGCAGAAGAUCCCGGCUCCCGAGAUGGUGCUGAUCCACAAGGGCAAGGUGCUCACCGACGACGCGACGCUCGCCGCCGCUGGGGUCACCGAGGCGAGCUUCAUCGUGAUGAUGCACCAGAAGCCCAAGGCGCCCAAGCCCGCGCCGCCUCCCCCGGUGCCCAAGCCCGCCGCCGCCGCGCCGGCUCCCGCGCCGGCGACCACCCCGGAGGCACCAGCCGCGGCCACCCCCGAGACCCCCGCCGCGACUCCCUCGACGGAGCCCGCGCCCGCCGGCACCCCGACAGACAGCUCGCUCGUCACCGGCGCCGCGCUGCAGGAGACCAUCAACAACAUGAUGUCCAUGGGUUUCGAGCGCGACGCGUGCGUCAGGGCGCUUCGAGCCGCGUUCAACAACCCGGACCGCGCGGUGGAGUACCUCCUCACCGGCAUCCCCGAGAACCUCAUGCCUCCCGCGGCGCCCGCCGCUCCCGCCGCCGCCGCUCCCGCCGCCGCCGCUCCCGCCGCCGCCGCCGCCGCGGCCGCGACGGCGCCCGGCGGCCCGGGCCCCAACACCCAGCCCCUGAACCUCUUCCCCGAGGGCGGCGUCCCCGGCGGCGGCGGCGGCGGCGGGGGAGAGGGGAGCGGCAUCCUCGACUUUCUUCGCGAGAAUCCCCAGUUUCAGGCUAUUCGCGCCAUGGUCCAGGGCAACCCGCAGAUCCUCCAGCCCAUGCUCGCGGAGUUGCAGAGGCAGAACCCGCAGCUGUACCAGCUCAUCGCGGGCAACCAGGAGGAGUUUCUCAGGCUGCUCAACGAGCCGGCGCCGGAGGGGGCGCUGGAGAACCUGGCGGCUGGGCUGGGCGACGGCGGCGGGUUCGGCGGCGACGACGGGGAGGGACAGAUUGAAAUCUCCGAGGAUGAAAAGGCGGCCAUCGACCGACUCGCCGCGCUCGGGUUCGAGUUUGAGCGGGCCGCGGAGGCGUUCUUCGCGUGCGGGAAAAACGAGGAGCUCGCCGCGAACUUCCUCUUCGACAACGCCGGUCAGGAUUGAUCGCUCGCUCGUAAGCGUUACCACGCUGUUGUUGCGGGUUGAUGGCUUUUGAAGGAACGACUUUGUUUGCUCUCUUCGGUGACGAGAGCUCUCUUCGGCGGUCGUCGCGAAGGGCGGGUUUUAGCACGAGGCGCCUUGGGAACGUAGAGCGUAUUUGGUGUAUGUCAGAACUAGUGACGCGCGGA